AUGGCAUCUUUCAUGCAUCUGGUGCCUGUGGAGUUAAUGUCUUUCAUCUUUGAAGACUGCAUAGCACUUUUUACGAAUCAGGAUGGUGUCCUUGGCAGGAGCAUGGCUGCGAUAACAAGUGCCUACGAGAGUGGAUUCACAUUACGCAUGUCUGCCGCUAUUGGCGUGCUGUCGCCCUCGCAAAUCCGAGGCUUUGGGACCAUGCGAGAAUCGGGCAUUUGCGGCAUCCUCAACUUCAUAACUAUGAAGCUUGGAUAUAUCAAGGAGCUCGUUGUGCAUUCAGCCGACGUAGACAUUGCUGACCUUGUCACGGCGAUAGUCCACUCGUCCUUGACUCCCUCGGACUCUGGUGUGGCCAUCGUGAUCAAGCUUGACAAUAUCGGAGUCCUAGGAGAGAGAAGCAUCCAUCUUCUGCAACUUUCUCGCCUCAACCUCGAAGAUCCGCUACAUCUUUGCCAACGAUUCCUAGCUGCACUCUGCUUCCGUGCCCCUCUCGAGUAUUUGGGUAUAGAGGAAUCGUACUACCCUUGUGCUGACACAUCCAUCCUUCUUCCCGCUCUUCAAGACGUCUUUACAACCUUUCAUGAAUUGAGGGUCAAUGAAGCGGGAGAGUUCGCGGUAGAUCGUCCAGGUUAUUACUCUGCUCUUGCCCUGGUUACGACGGGUGGGUAUCGUACUCAAGAAGUCAGCUCUAGUUUCUUCUUCGUUGUUUCGCUGGACGUCGUUUCCGGGACGGACAACCAUCGAAGCUCGCUCGACGUCUCAGCGCAGACUUUAGCUUUCAUAUUGAAGGCGACACCAUGCAUCCAGUACCUCAGGACAAAACGGGUCCGCGUUGAAGACGUUGUUCAAGUGCUACGGCCUUCGCCAGUCGCAGGUGGCGCGUAUUUGGUCCCUGCCCCCCAGUUGAAGGACCUCGCACUCGACUGCAUUGAUUUUCUACCCGAGGACCAGUAUGGCAAGCCAAGCGAACUCAAAAUGUUCACGUCGUUGUUAUUCCCGGAUUCCGGCGGAUUACUCUACGACUAUCCUCUAUUGGAUCGAGUCGGAGAUGCGGGCCCGGAGGCAAUGGUUCAAACGUUCAAAGCGAAGGAUAGCCAGGCCUAA